CAUCGCCUCCUCAUUCUGUUCUCCUUUUCUCUCCUUUUUUUUUAAAAUCUCCUCUUCCCAUUCAGUCUGUUCAGUAAUUUCUUCUCUACUUUUCAAUCUUGUUUUUCUGCCACAUUGAUCUUUUCGGAGUGCAGCAGUACGAGGGUACCAUGAAUUCCAAAUAGGGUUUCCGUCCUUGCUACAACUAGAGCAUGAUUUUCUUUUUUUUCUUUUUUUUGUCUUUUCUUUUUUGCAUCUCAUUGGAAAUAAGUGGGCCAGUCCUGCAGCUUUAACAGCUUUUGCAGUGUGUCAACCUCUGGGCUCAGAUGUGCAUAUGAAUGGAUAUUUUAAAAGGUAUGACUUCUUUAAAAUCAUGCAAAUCCUUCUUUCAGUGGCAGAAUGUGUUGUGGCAUGAGCACAGAGAUGAAGCUGUGUGUUUUGGGGUAUGAUAUUAUGAAUUAUUGACCAUAGCUGUAGUGCUGUGAGGAUUUGAGACCUGCAUGCAUACUUUGUGUUUUGAGAGAGAGCUAAUUUGUAUUUUGUCAGUGGUGAGGAUAUUAUUGGAUGGUUUUCUUCUGGACCCACACAGGCAGCUUUAAAAUUGUUUUGGCAGAUCCUUUCACUGGCUUUACUCCCUUUUUUCUCAUUUCUUUUGUCAUAUUUGUACUUUCUGUUAUUUUCUAACUGGCUGGCAUAAAAACACCGUCUGCGGUGGAUGCACUGGACGUUAAAAAAAAACAAAACAUGGGGAUCAUGACAUCAGUCAUUUAACCAGGAUGGACUUAUCAGAUGUAUUCGCUCCCGUACUGGCCACGAUGCCGGCCGCUUUGCCACCAAACUCUUCUUUGGAGAACGUCAGUCAGACGCCCUCCUCCUCCUCGAGGUCUCCUCCCGUACCUCCUCACUCCCAGGUGGUGUCGGUGUUCAUCCUGCUGGUGGUCACGGUCAUCAUCCUGGGGACUGUGGUGGGUAACGUGCUGGUCGUGGUGGCGGUGUUCACCAGCCGAGCCCUGAGGGCGCCUCAGAAUCUCUUCCUGGUGUCUUUGGCGUCAGCGGACAUACUGGUGGCUACGCUGGUCAUCCCCUUCUCUUUGGCUAAUGAGGUCAUGGGUUACUGGUACUUUGGUUCCACCUGGUGCUCCUUCUACCUGGCUCUGGACGUCCUCUUUUGCACUUCCUCCAUCGUCCACCUCUGCGCCAUCAGCCUCGACCGCUACUGGUCCGUCACUAAAGCCGUCAGCUACAACCGCAAGCGGACUCCCAAACGGAUCAAGGCGAUGAUCAGCAUCGUGUGGCUCAUAUCGAUCGUCAUCUCGUCGCCGCCGCUCCUCAUGACGCAGAAGGAGGAGGAUUUGGAGACGGAGGACGAGAAGGACACGCAGAGGCAGGAGUGUCUCCUCAACAACCAGACGUGGUACAUCCUCUCCUCCUGCUUGGUGUCCUUCUUCGCCCCGGGAGUCAUCAUGAUACUGGUUUAUUGUAAGAUCUACCGUGUUGCCAAGCAGCGAGCCUCCACUGUGUUCGUGGCGAAGAAUGUGAUGGAGCGGCAGGCGUCGCAGUCCGAGACCUGCUUUGUGGGCACCGCCAGGACUUGCCAAAGACGGGGAGCCGGCUGCAGUAAAACCCGGUACGAGCUGGACAGCCCGCAGGCUGCCAACCGACACGCCUCUUCCAACGUGGAGAGCAACAGCAGCGGCCACAGGAGAGGAGAGCUGGAUGAUAUUGACUUAGAGGACAGGAGCUGCGAGGCUGAGGUGAAACCGUCCUCCUCGUUUUCCUUGUCUCUCCGCCUCCCCAGGAGAGCCGGCGGACGGGUAAAAACAGAGGAAGGGAAGGACGCCGAGGGAACGACAGGCAGGUUGAAGCCUCCUCCGCCUCCGUCCUGCGCCUCCAUAUCCUGGGCGUCAGCCGACCACCUCUCCCACCACUGCCUCCUGCCCUCUCCUCUGCCUCUCAGAAGGCAGAGGCAGAUGUCCGUGUCCAAAAACAAGGUGGCUCAGAUGAGGGAGAAGCGCUUCACGUUUGUCCUGGCGGUAGUGAUGGGGGUUUUUGUCCUCUGCUGGUUCCCGUUUUUCUUCACCUACAGUCUCCACGCUGUCUGCAGAGAGAACUGUUCGAUCCCCGAUACGCUCUUCAACCUGUUUUUCUGGAUCGGGUACUGCAACAGCUGCCUGAACCCCAUCAUAUACACUAUUUUCAACCGAGACUUCAGGAGGGCCUUCAAGAAGAUUUUAUUCCAGACUCAUAAACGAACAUAAGAUGUGAACGCGUGUGUGUUUGUGUGAGUGCCCUCCGCUCGCACAAGCGCAAUGCGUGCGCGCGGUUUUAACCCCGUUUUCCACUGUGCUGUCAUGACGACAUUAAAGGGCUUGUCAUACAGCCGGAGUAUUGAUUUAUUAUUCAACUGCUCACUAAUUUAUCAAAUAAUCCCUCUUUAUUCUAGAGUAAACAAGCCAGAGGAGGGGGAUUAUU